AUGGCAGGCAUGCUCUCGUUGAUUCUGACAACGCCUGCCAAGCAACCAUAUAGCGCACAUAUCGUUCCUACUACCAUCUUGAGUAGGUACAGUAGCUGCGCGGUGCUCAAGCUGGCCGAUUACUACGCUGCUGGUACUCAGUGCAUCGAUGCACACUCGAUGUAGAUUCAGCGAAAGGUCCUCCCGCAUUUCAUCAACUUCAACUUUUCGCCGAGCAUGCGUCGCGAGGCGGCUGCCAGCGCCGCGACGGGCGGCGCCGUGUCGGAGCAGGUGGGGCGGCUGGUGUGCGAGUGCGAGCACCGCGUGCGGUGGCGCAUCACGGAGUCGCUGUGCAAGGCGCGCCUCUGUCCGCUCGGAAUCGACGCAGUGCUACGCGACACCAAGCCGCCGGGCAGCGAGACCGGCGCGCAGUGCCAGCGCGCACCUCUGCACGCUGAAGGGGACGCGGGCGUGCCUCAGAAGGUCCGCACGAGGGAAGAGAAGUGCACCGGCCCCUCGCUGACAUCGCGGCAGCGGUUUCCUGAUGUGCGGGAGCGCUAUGUAUUAGCUAUGCCAGACGGCACCAGCACCUUCCGUUCUGUGGUGCCCUCGAUGCCUGCGUGGAUACGGGACCAGCAUGGGCUGCAAUGGCAUCUUGCGCGUCGCCGAGGCGACAUCAAGUCCACCCCAGUGUCUAUGUGGCAGAAACGAGUAUUGGCGCUGGGCUCUGCUGGAGCGCUAUGCUCCGUCAGCUACCUGAUGUAUCGUGAGGUUCAUCCUGUUGUAGCCAAAGCCAUUCGUGAUGCGCCACUGGGUCCCAUGUCGGACACACGGUGCAGUGUUGUGCCUGUGUGCGAAGCGACUCGGGGCUCGGUGGGGAUGCUGAAGAAGCUACUUUUCACGUACCAGGCACUGGGGCAUCCCAACAUCAUGCUGGUGAUCAUUUGUCGGGUGUCUAUGGAGGACUGGGUUGUGUCUUCAGUGUGCCUGCAACCAGUGGCGUUAUACGCGAUGUGCAUACAGGCUGCGGACGUCUUACAGCCUUGACAGCGCUGGUCUCAGAACUCGGUGCUCUCUCUGCAGCGGUUUCUCAGCAUGUACGUGGCCACACGGACACGGCUGCGCGUACCUCGACAGCGUGCUGGGGGAGGCGGAUGGCAUUCCGCGACUGAAGCGAUUCUACCCUUAUCACACGGUUAAGCGCAGGGUGUUGAGGAUGUGGCUCAUGUGCUUUGUGUUUCCUGUCAUGGCAGCCGGUGCGCUGCCUAAACUUCAGUACUGCAUGUUGUACUACGGGCUGAUGUCCUUGGAGGCGAUCUCCCGCAAACUGGCGUGGAAGUGAGUAGCUGGGGAGGAGGGGCAGCCGCUUCGCCCCGGGGGAGGGUCUAAUAGGGUCUUGAAAGCCGAACUGGUACGUGUUCUCUGAGGUUGUAGUGACGACUCGCGUUAUCGUUCAUAUUGAGUAACUUUACAUAGUUGUUAAGAAGUACAGCGAGAGUGUCAAGCUCGUGGUGCGCAGACUUCCAUCCGCAAAUCCCUCUGAGCGACCGGCGUUGGCAGCGGAACGAAACUUUAGCAACGAUUCCUGUCGAGAAACUGAUUUAGUGUUUACACAAGGUGCGUUUGGAUGCUAUGUUGUCGAGCACCAGUUUGUGGCCCCUCCCCUCCCCACGCCACCACCACGCGACGCCAAGACUUACUGCGACUCAACUGCGGCUCGUGGCUGUUUCCCUCGAUCUUUUCUUUAUUGCCUGAGCUGUGCGAACGCGUCUGCGCCACCCACUCAUUUCAUUUUUCUUCAUCGAACCAUUUGGGGCACACACGCCUGCGUCAUCUCUGAGGGCGUCGCGUUGGGGUCUGGUUAAUCCUGCUGUGUUCGCGGCCCCCCCCCUCUGUUUGCUCUUUGACGCUGUUAACCGCGUCAUCAACAUUCAAGCACCACUCACACUAUAA